AUGUCGCCGGUCCCACCCUACACAACGCAUAUCCUGUACAACGGUCCAAAUCAGCCGUCUGUCCCGUACAAGGGUACAAAUCACCCUCCCACCCUGUACAACUGUACAAAUCACCCGCCCAUUCUGUACAACGGUACAAACCACCCGCACACCCUGUACAACGGUGCAAAUCACCCUUCAGCCCUGUACGACGGUGCAAAUCAAUGGCCUGCCUUGUACAGCGGUCCAAAUCACCCGCCUGCCCUGCACAAGGGCCCAAAUCAUCCGCAUACCUUGUACAACGGUGCAAAUUACCCUCCAGCCCUGUACAACGGUGCAAAUCAAUGGCCUGCCUUGUACAACGGUCCAAAUCACCCGCCUGCCCUGCACAAGGGCCCAAAUCACCCGCCUGUCCUGCACAACGGUCCAAAUCACCCGCCUGCCCUGUAUAACGGUCCAAAUUCCCCGCCUGUCCUGCAUAACGGUUCAAAUCACCCGCCUGCCCUGUAUAACGGUGCAAAUCACCCGCCUGUCCUGCAUAAUCGUCCAAAUCCCCCGCCUGUCUUGCAUAACGGUUCAAAUCACCCGCCUGCCCUGUAUAACGGUGCAAAUCACCCGCCUGUCCUGCAUAAUCGUCCAAAUCCCCCGCCUGCCCUGUAUAACGGUCCAAAUUCCCCGCCUGUCCUGCAUAACGGUCCAAAUCACCCGCCUGCCCUGUAUAACGGUGCAAAUCACCCGCCUGUCCUGCAUAACGGUCCAAAUCACCCGCCUGCCCUGUAUAACGGGGAAAUCAAGGACCCCUUCUGUUCACGUAAACAGAUGUGA